GCGCUUUUCUAAAGUAGUACACGAGAUAUCUAUGCAAACUGGACGGAGCCUCACCACACUUCAUCUCUUUCUGUCAAUAUUUCCAGGGAUUUCUGAUCAAAGAUGGACUUCACAGAGUCGGAAUUGAGUAUCUCCCUCCAGGAAGCUCUUACCUACUAUCUUGCUUUCCUUUCGCAUACCCAAAAGCUACGAGAAUCCAAGCUACCCCGGCAAGGCAAGGGUGUUGAGACGACAGACGACAUUUCAAGUCAGCGAGAUCACCAAGUCCGUGUUGCUGCCAGUGAGACGUGUCUUCAGUAUACUGGUCGAAUUGCCAGAAGGGUUAGGAGAUGGCAGAGCGAUCCAGAGGAGCCAAGUAACGAUGACAAUGCCAACGUUGAAGUGGACGUGGAAGCAUUACGUCCUUUCUUGGAUGAAGUAACGGAGGACUCUUUCGUGGACCCAUUCUCGGGAAAGUGGAUUGAACCAACGAAUGCAUCGUCUGCUGGUCCCUCUCCUAGCAAUGAUGAGGCACCGAGUAAGAGAGCUCGGGACCUGAACGGGAGCAAGGAACAGCAACGGCCACUUCUUCAACGACAACAGCCAUAUCGAAAGAUUGCACACGACUACUUAGAAAGAAAGUCCAAAUCUCGUCGUUCUCGACCUUCCUUGGGUCUGCAUCCGAACGCCCCUAUAUCACUACUUCCUCUGUCUCCAGCAACUGAAAAUCGAAGCUCUUCGGAACGAUCAAGCGAAUCUUCCAUAGGAUCGAUACUCACUCCUGCCACUUCGGUGUCGGAGAACGAUAAGGAGUCUAAACCUCCCACUUCUCCAAUGAUUACUGUUCAACAUACGCCGCAGAGAUGGAAUGAAUUGGACGCAAGAGAUAUGGAAUAUGCGCGAAGGCUAGAGGCAGAUGAGAAGCGCCGCAGAGAGCAAGUCGAACGGUCCUAUGCAGAGGCUAAACGCCUCUCAGAACGGAUUGCUCGUGAGGAGCAGAGUCGCCUGGAGAAACAAAGACGAUAUACAGAAGAUUUGGAGAGGAAGGAAAGGGAAUACACUGAGCGAAUGAGACGGGACCGAGCUGCUGCGGAAAAGUCCCAGGCUCAAUGGGUAAUUGACAUGACGGCGCGUGAAGCUGCAGCUGAAGCGAAUAAACGGUCGGAAGACCGAAGACGCAAGGACCGCGAUGAAGUUCGAAAGCGGAGGGAAGAAGACGAGAAACGUCUCUCAGAAAUCGUGAAGAAGGUGAGGUUCGGGAGGGAAAGAAGCGUUAACGAAGGGGUCAAGAAACGCGUUGUGUCUAUAAGCGACGAGAAAAGGAGGCGAGACGUCCCAAGCACCACCACUGAUCACAGGAGGAAACCAGAUCCAGAGAAGAAGGAAAAGGAGCCGAGACCCAAAAAGGUAGAUUGUGUGUCAUGUAUGGAAGCUGGGAUCAAGAAGGAAAUGGCAGUUCUCGCAUGCGACCAUGCAUACUGUGGUGACUGUAUCAAAGGCGCUUUCAAGAGUGCAUACAAAUCACACGCACCUUUCAAAUGUUGUGGCAAAACGAUUUCCACAGCCAAUCUCUCCGCCCAUCUAUCCAGCUCCUUCAUCCAGAAGUACGACCUCCUCCUCCUCGAACUUUCAACCAAGAAACCAACCUACUGCGCCUCACAAUCUUGCUCCAAGUUCAUACCUCCAUCCUCGAUCCACGGACCCAUAGCCACCUGUCCGACCUGUAAGCUACGAACCUGCGUCGCCUGCAAAAUGAAAGAGCACCCGGGAAUCUGCAAGGAAGACAAAGACGGCAAAAAAGUCGAAGAACUAGCCAAAAAGAAAGGCUGGAAACAAUGUCCCAAAUGCAGCCAAAUACUCGAGCGCACCGAAGGCUGUCUCCACAUGACCUGUCGCUGCAGAGCAGAAUGGUGCUACGCCUGUUUAAGAGAUUGGGAUGUGUGCAAGAGCACAUGUGGCAGGAGGUGAGUCUCACUCUCUCGCGCGCCAUGCUGCAAUUUUCGCCUCCCUUUUGCUUUGGUGCUGAUCGUUUGAUUGUUACUGCGUGAAGUGUCGGUUUUGAGGACGGUGUUGACGCGUGUGAUAUAGUGGAACGGCUGGAGGGGGCUUGGGAGUGGAUUUUAUGGGGAUUGGGAACCGUGC